AUGGAAACUCACCAAAUCUCGAAGCUUCUCAUCCAGACACUCAGUCCUGACAGCUCAAUUCUCUCUUCCGCCACCGAUGCCCUCGAUCGCCUCUCACUCACAUUCUCUAAUUUUCCUUUCUCUCUUCUUUCCAUCAUCGCUUCCGGAGAUGACCAAGGAGUGAAACUUGCUGCAGCUACUUAUCUAAAGAACUUCACACGGCGAAAUACUGAUGCGAAUUGUACAAAUUCGUUGACAAGCAAGGAGUUUAGAGAUGAGUUAAUGCGUGCUUUGCUUCAAGUUGAACAUCCUGUUCUCAAAGUUUUAAUUGAAGCUCAAGCAUUAACUGUCCAAGAUAGAGUGGACGUGGAAACUGAGAAGAUCCUCCUCAUCAUAUGCAAGUGCAUAUAUUUUACAGAAGGUGAGGCUGCUCUUUCAACAGUGUCUCCAUCGUGUGUGGAUGAUUCAUCCACGUUGCUUGGGUUCAUAAUUCAAUAUAUUGCUGAUAGCAAUAUUGUUCUACAGCUAAAAAUCUCAGAGUUGCUAGUAGCUUGGUCUAAUCUAAUUGCUGAAUGGAAUGCCUGGGAAGAAAUGGAGGAUUUAUCAAUUUUUAAGUGCAUCAAGGAAGCUGUUAGUCUAAACAACAAAUUUGCUUUGAAGAAUUUCGUUGUGGGACAACUACCAUCUCCUCCGGCUCCUCCUGUGCCACAACGUUCAAUUAUUGAAGGAAUUGGUCUUUUUGUCACUGAGGCAUUUUCACAGUAUCCAUCUGCAGUCUGGAGGGCUUCAUCAUGUGUCCAUUUGUUAUUACAUGUCACAAGUUACUCAUUAGAACAAGAGGUUAAGAAGUCGCUGGCUUUAUCGUUUAGUGAGGCAGCAUUUUCUCGUUUCAGAGAAACUAAAAGCAAGCCUUGCCCAUUGUGGAAACCAUUGUUGCUAGGGAUAUCGUCAUGCUAUUUACACUUCCCUGACGGCGUUGAGAAGAUUUUGGAGACCCUUGAACAUGAAGGCUUCACCAUCUGGGUAUCUGCCUUGGCAUUUAUCUUGACUGACAAAUUUGGACACAAAAUGUCAACGAAGUCUGAGAUAAAGUUAACUGAGUGCAGGAGGAGGACAUCAUGGAAGACACCUUAUAUUAUGGGAUUGGCCAUCUCUGCUGGCAUUGGAGGCGUCCUCUCUGGCUAUGACACUGGUACCAAUAACUCGUUAUUUUGA